UCCAUUGUUCGAGUCCUGCAACAAGAUAAGCGGUGCUUGUAUGUUCGACAGAGAAAAUCUGAGAGAGAGAACAUUGAAGCAAUCGAGUUUACAUCCUCUUCAGAUUUAUCUAUUGGUACCAAUAUGAGUUUUACUGGCCCUUCCAUUGGUUCUGGAACCGUUAGAAGGGCAUUUCAGUUUGGACGGACAUAUGUGGUGAGGCCUAAAGGUAAACACCAGGCUACUAUAGUCUGGCUACAUGGCCUUGGAGAUAAUGGCAAUAGCUGGUCCAGUCUAUUGGAGACCCUUCCUCUCCCAAAUAUUAAAUGGAUCUGCCCGACUGCUCCGCAACGACCAAUGACUUUAUUUGGAGGCUUUCCUUCAACUGCUUGGUUUGAUGUGAAUGAACUUUCUGAAAAUGCUAUUGAUGAUAUAGAAGGUUUGGAUGCUACAGCUGCAUAUGUUGCAAACUUAUUGGCCAAUGAACCCCCAAACAUCAAACUUGGUGUUGGAGGCUUUAGUAUGGGUGCAGCAAUCUCCCUCUACUCAGCAACUUGCUUUGCUCAAGGAAAGUAUGAGAAUGGCAGCCCAUACCCUGCCAAUUUGAGUGCAGUUGUUGGAUUAAGUGGCUGGCUUCCAUGUGCAAAGAAGCUAAAUAGCAAAAUCGAAGGGGUAAAUGAGGCUGCCAGCCGAGCUGCAUCCUUGCCUGUUCUGCUUUGUCAUGGAAAAGGUGAUGAUGUGGUUGCUCAUAAAUUUGGUGAGAAGUCUGCAAACAAGCUGUCUUCGUGUGGAUUUCAAGAUGCAACGUUUAAAUCCUAUUCUUCGCUUGGUCACUAUACUAUCCCUGAAGAAAUGAACGAACUUUGUGUAUGGCUAACUUCAAAACUCGGCCUGGAGGGGACAUCAUGAGAGCUCGAGUGGAGCAAUAGUACAUGGAGGGAUUUAUUAUAUAUUUGUUUUGUAUACAAUGAAUUUGAUGGACUAUUAUUAAAUGGCACUUAUUUUGGCCUAAACCAGUAAACUUUCACCAUUGUUCUUG